AUGAGUACUUGUGAAGCCGGAAAUGAUUUCAAUAAUGCACACAUGGGAGCUAGAAUUAGUUCUGUCUUUGUAAUUUUAAUUACUUCAAGUGCUGGGGCUUUCUUGCCUAUACUAUCAUCUAAAUACUCCUUCAUAAGAAUGCCUUCUUGGUUAUUCUUUGGAGCCAAAUACUUUGGUACUGGAGUUAUUGUUGCAACUGCUUUCAUUCAUUUAUUAGAACCUGCUGCUGAUAAUUUAGGUGAAGAAUGUUUAGGAGGUACCUUUGAAGAUUAUCCUUGGGCAUUUGGUAUUGCUUUAAUGUCCCUUUUCACCUUAUUUUUCUUCGAAUUGUUAGCUUUUAACUUCAUCAAAGAUAAGGUUGGUGCCCACAGCCAUAACCAUUUUGAAAUUUCCAGCAAAGAAAACGAAUUAAAAGAUGAAGAUGAGGAAGCUGAGCAUGAAACUGAACAAACUAAAAAAGUCCCUGACUACCCAGAUCACUUCAGACAUGCUAAUAGCCACCAAGACCCAGAAAGUAAGAACACUCCUGUAGAUUUAGACAAAGAAACUUAUUACGGACAAUUAGUUUCAACUUUAGUUUUAGAAUUCGGUAUUAUUUUCCACUCAGUUUUCGUUGGUUUAACCUUAGCCAUCAGUGGUGAAGAAUUCCAAACUUUGUAUGUAGUUAUCGUUUUCCAUCAAAUGUUUGAAGGUUUAGGUUUAGGUACUAGAAUUGCUUCAACUGAAUGGCCAAUGGAUAAACGUUGGUUACCUUUUGUUUUAGCCUUGUGUUACGGUUUAACCACCCCAAUUUCAAUCGCUAUUGGUUUAGGUGUCAGAAAUUCAUACGCCCCAGGUUCAAGAACUGCUUUAAUCACUAACGGUGUCUUUGAUGCUAUUUCAGCUGGUAUUUUGAUUUACACAGGUUUAGUUGAAUUAAUGGCUCAUGAAUUUUUAUUCAGUGACCAAUUCAAAGGUCCAGAUGGUUCUAAGAGAAUGAUGAUCGCUUUUGUAGUUGUAUGCUUUGGUGCUGGAGUAAUGGCAUUAUUAGGUAGAUGGGCUUAA